AAAAAAAAACAAAAUAAAAAAAAUAUUUAAAGAAAUCUUUAAAACGGCUCUCGAUUCAUCGAUUAAUCAUUUCAUUUAAAAAUAAUAAAAACUGAUUGAUUAAUUUUCAUUUGAAAUUCCAGCGUUCAACUCUGACCGUUGAUAUCGUCGAUUCUCUUUUUCAAUCUUUCUUUUGAUCGUCGCGAUGGAAGACCGGCCCAAUCGAACGGUGGACAAUUCGUCGACCUCGCCGCAGCAGCAUCAGAGCCAUGCAGCAGCCGCUUCAUCUAAGCAACCCGUUACCGCUCCCGACGCCGUCGACACCACUUCCGUUACUCAGAGGCUACAAAAGGAGCUGAUGGCUCUCAUGAUGACUGAAGGAGAUCUUGGAGUGUCGGCUUUUCCUGAAGGUGAAAGCAUUUUUGCAUGGAUUGGCACAAUUGAGGGUGGAAAGGGAACUAUGUAUGAGGGUUUAUCGUACAAAAUUUCUAUGCGCUUCCCAUUGGACUAUCCUUUCAAACCACCACAAGUAAAGUUCGAGACAAUGUGUUUCCAUCCCAAUGUCGACCAGUUUGGCAAUAUUUGCCUUGACAUUCUUCAGGAUAAGUGGUCUUCUGCUUAUGAUUGUAGGACCAUUCUUUUGUCUGUUCAAAGUCUACUAGGAGAGCCAAACCCUGAGAGUCCUCUCAACACCUAUGCUGCAGCAUUAUUGAACAAUGAGGAAGAUUACAGGAAAAUGGUCCAAGAACAGUACUUUGGUGAAAAAACAUCAGAGAGCUGAUAUGCAGAGAGUCCAUCUUUGAUUCCAUAUCAGCAUGUCUGUUUUUUCUGACAGAAUUUCUCGACAAAGCUUCAAAGGAAGAGCAAUAUAAUUCAGAAUUUAAUAGCAGUGGCAUCAAUCAAUGUACAUUCAAUCAGUAACCCAACUUGGAAUUUAUAUCAUGUUACACAAGAAACACACGGAAUUUGCAUGAAUCUGUCUUUCCAUAAAUAUGUUUGUGACAUCACUCUUGUAAUUGCAAGCAAAAUAAAGUCUAUAGUGGAGGUAAAUUUCUUGAGUCAGACUAAAAAGGGGUGUUCAUAUUCUUCUUGGUAACAUAUUGUAUCAGUCUACCUCAAUAAAUCAUUGUGGAGUUUAACCAAAUGAAGAAUUAAGAGUUGAGGGUUUUUA